AUGACAGGAGACAGAAACAGAUUUCUCUCACUCACGACCUAUGAAGGUGGAACUGUGACUUUUGGCGAUAACAAAAAAGGUAACAUCAUUGGGAUUGGUAAGGUUGGUAAGUCAAAGUCUCACUCCAUCGAUAAUGUAUUUUUAGUUGAAGGUCUAGGACAUAGCUUAUUAAGCAUUUCUCAAUUCUGUGACAAAGGAAAUUAUGCUAAAUUCUUCUCGAAUAAAUGUCUGAUUAUCAACAGUAACACUGAUACAGUGAUCUUAGAGGGACAGAGGAAAGGGAACACCUAUGUGGUUAACCUUAACUCCGUUCCUCACUCCAAUCUGACCUGUCUCAGUGUUAUUGAAGAUGAUCCAUUAUUGUGGCAUAAAAGAUUUGGUCAUGCUAGUUUCUCUCUAAUGAACAAGUUGAAUUCAAAAAAUUUAGUCACAGGUCUUCCAAAUACCAAGUUCGCAAAAGUAUCAGUAUGUGAUGCCUGUAUCAAAGGAAAACAAGUGAGAACUUCUUUCAAGUCAAAGGGAAUGAUCAGUACAACAAGACCACUGGAGCUGAUCCACAUGGACUUAUGUGGACCAAUGAGAACUCAAAGUAGAAGUGGAAAAAGAUAUGUGCUUGUAAUUGUAGAUGACUUCUCAAGAUACACAUGGGUAAUCUUCCUAGCCAGCAAGGAAGAAACAUUUGAAGAAUUCGUGGCAUUUGCCUCUAGAGUCCAACGACAAAGCAAUCACAAACUGGUCCACAUCAGAUCAGAUCAUGGUACUGAAUUCCAAAACAAAAAAUUUGAUGACCUAUGCAAAGAAUCAGGAAUAAGUCAUAACUUCUCUGCACCUAGAAAUCCUCAACAGAAUGGUGUGGUAGAAAGAAAAAAUCGAACUCUUGAAGACAUGACAAGAACAAUGCUGAUUGCUAGUGGACUUCCAAAAAGUUUCUGGGCUGAAGCUCUAAACACAGCAUGCUAUGUGCUAAAUCGAGUGUUGGUUAGAGCAAUCAAAAACAAAACCCCAUAUGAAUUAAAUAGAGGAAGAAAACCCUCCAUAACUCAUCUCAGAAUCUUUGGAUGCAAGUGUUUCGUCCACAACAAUGGAAAAGACCAACUGGGAAAAUUUGAUGCACUAAGUACAACUCCUGAAGGAAAUUUCGAACUAGGACUCACAAGAAAAACUGAAGACGAAGAAGUAAAAAGGACUUCUCAAAUAGAAGAACAGACACAGGAUGUUGAAACACCAGAAGGAGGAACAGUUGAAGAGGAACUCAAUGAAUUCGAAAGAAAUAAGGUAUGGCAUCUUGAGCCGACACCUUUAGCCAACAGAGUAAUAGGUCUAAAGUGGGUAUUCAGAAACAAACAAGACGAGCAUGCAACCAUCACUAGGAACAAAGCCAGAUUGGUGGUCAAAGGAUACAAUCAGCAAGAAGGGAUAGAUUUUGAAGAGACAUUUGCUCCAGUUGCCAGAAUGGAAGCAAUACGUAUACUUAUAGCGUUCGCUUCAUACAUGGGAUUCAAACUCUAUCAAAUGGAUGUAAAAUGUGCGUUCCUAAACGGACAUCUCAAGGAAGAAGUCUACGUGGAACAACCACCAGGGUUUGAAGAUCCAGAAUAUCCCUCACAUGUGUACAAGCUGGACAAAGCACUAUAUGGAUUAAAACAAGCUCCAAGAGCAUGGUAUGAACGACUUUCUCACUUCCUACUAGACAAUAAAUUCAAUCGAGGUAAGAUUGAUAGAACCCUAUUCCUUAAGUCAAGAAAUACAGAUAUACUAAUAGUUCAAAUUUAUGUUGAUGACAUUAUAUUUGGUGCUACUAACGAAGAUCUUUGCAAGGAAUUCUCUGACUUAAUGCAGCAAGAAUUUCAAAUGAGCAUGAUGGGAGAACUUAACUUCUUCCUAGGUCUUCAAAUCAAACAAAUGGAACAAGGCAUCAUGAUACAUCAACAGAAAUACAUAAAGGACCUCAUCAAGAAAUAUGGAAUGGAGUCGGCUAAAAGCAACCACACACCAAUGGGAACAACUACAAGACUAGAUGAGGAUCAAGAAGGUAAGAGUGUUGAUCAAACAAGAUACAGAGGUAUGAUAGGCUCUUUACUUUAUCUUACAGCAAGCAGACCAGACAUUGCAUUCAGUUUAGGUGUCUGUGCCCGCUUUCAAUCUAAUCCAAAGGAAUCCCAUCUCACAGCAGUCAAAAGAAUUCUAAGAUACCUAAAAGGAACAGAUGACUUAUGCCUAUGGUACCCUAACUAUGAUCACUUUGAUCUCAAAGGAUAUACAGAUGCUGACUACGCAGGUGAUUUAGUAAACAGAAAGAGCACAUCAGGGAUGGUGCAGUUCCUGGGCUUCCAAGAAACACAACACCGUGGCAUUAUCCACAACAGAAGCUGA